AUGGUCAUCAACCCUACCUACCUUGCUCAGCGCACGCGCUCAUCGGUCAACUGGACUGAUGCGAAGAAGAGGGUCAUUCACAGCUACCGGGACUGGCUGCGAUCGGCUCCCGAGAUCCAGACCAUGUACUCGCUCAAUCUCCCGGUCUCUACGCUCCGGACGAAGAUUCGCCAAGAGUUCGAACGGCACCGAUAUGUGAACCAAAUGAAAACGGUCGACGUUCUGCUGUUCAACAGCCACCAGGAGUUCCAGGAAACACUUAACUACUGGAAGCAGCUGUCACAUAUCCUCAAGUACUUCCGCGCAGAGGAGGAUCCCAAGGCGAGAUUGCCAGCGAACUUCAUCAAUGGGUUCUUAGAGGGACGUAACUGA